AUGAUUAUUCCUAUCAAAAGUAUGCUGCUUUUUACGCUACUACAAUGUGCAAUCAUCCUUGCAAAAAGAAUUGAAGAUGCUGAAAUGCUACCAAAAGUUGAGCAUCAUGUGCAACAGCCAACAGGUGCAUAUGAAGAAUCGCCUAUUCCUGACAGUCAGCGUGCUGAACGUUGGAACUUUGACACUCAAUUCUCCAAUAUGUUUGGGUUCGCACACUUGCCGCAAACGAAAUGUUUGACGGAUUGGUCUGUUGACUACGACAUUGCUAUUGUCGGUGUGCCAUUCGAUACUGCAGUAUCUUAUCGACCAGGAGCAAGGUUUGGUCCUCGUGCUAUUCGAACUGCUUCUUCUCGACAAACAAGUCUUCGUAGUUUUAAUCCUGCUUUGAAUAUCAAUCCUUACCAAGCGAACACAAAAAUUAUUGAUUGCGGUGACAUCCCUAUUACACCUUUCGAUAAUAAUUUGGCAUUAAAACAAAUGACAGAAGGCUACAUUGACCUCCUGUCUCAUUCUAUUGCUACUCCCCCGGAUUCGCGAAAUACACGGACUUCAGCUUUGGCAAAGGAUGGAAAGUUUCAUCCUCGUUUGGUUUCGCUUGGUGGCGACCAUUCAAUUGCUUUAUCUUCACUUAGAGCUCUUGGAAGUUUGUACCAAAAUGUGAGCGUUAUCCACUUUGAUUCUCAUCUCGAUACGUGGAACCCAUCCACGUAUCGUUCGCAUUGGAUGUCCGAGCAAUCAGAAUUCACACAUGGGACUAUGUUUUGGCUUGCCGGCCAGGAAGGCCUUAUCAACAAUGGUAGCUCUAUUCAUGCAGGUCUGCGCACUCGGUUAAGUGGAACUGAUUAUUUUGAUUACGAAGAAGACAAACGAGUUGGCUUUAUGCUCAUUGAGGCCAGUGAAAUAGAUGAGAUUGGAGUCAAGGGCAUAGUGGAGAGGAUAAAGAAGACAGUUGGGAAAAACCUUGUAUACCUUAGUAUUGAUAUUGAUGUGCUUGAUCCAGGCUUGGCACCAGGGACAGGUACGCCUGAAACGGGUGGAUGGACAAGCCGUGAAAUGAAGAGUAUCCUUCGAGGUUUAGAUGGACACCUGAAUAUCGUAGGUGCAGAUAUUGUGGAAGUAUCACCACCAUACGAUGAUCAGGCAGAAAGUACGGCUCUUGCUGCAGCCGAUUUUAUCUUUGAGAUUGUUUCAAUCAUGGCGAAGAAUCCGCUUUACGACAUGGCAAGCAUGAAAAGGGUGUAA